AUGGGUCAAGACGACGAGCCUAAGACCUACCGCUACAACGAGACCCCGGUGUACACGGCCUCCAAUGGAUGUCCGGUCAUGGACCCCCAGGCCGCCCAGCGCGUGGGCCCCAAUGGCCCUCUGCUCCUGCAGGACUUCCACCUAAUCGAUCUGCUGGCACACUUUGACCGUGAGCGUAUUCCUGAGCGAGUGGUGCACGCCAAGGGUGCUGGCGCUUACGGCGAGUUCGAGGUCACCGACGACAUCAGCGAUAUCACCACGGUUGAUAUGCUCAAGGGCGUUGGCAAGAAGACCAAGAUGCUGACCCGCUUCUCUACUGUCGGUGGCGAGAAGGGCUCCCCCGACAGUGCCCGUGACCCGCGCGGGUUCGCUAUCAAGUUCUACACCGAAGAGGGAAACUGGGACUGGGUGUUCAACAACACCCCGGUAUUCUUCUUGCGCGACCCGGCCAAGUUCCCCGUCUUCAUUCACACGCAAAAGCGUAACCCGCAGACCAACCUCAAGGAUGCCACCAUGUUCUGGGACUACCUGUCGACACACCAGGAAGCCGUGCACCAGGUGAUGCACCUCUUCAGUGACCGCGGCACUCCCUACUCCUACCGCCACAUGAACGCCUAUUCAGGCCACACCUACAAGUGGAUCAAGCCGGAUGGCACCUUCAACUACGUGCAGAUCCACUGCAAGACGGACCAGGGCAACAAGACCUUCACCAACGAAGAAGCCACCAAGCUCUCCGCCGAGAACCCAGACUGGCACACUCAGGACCUCUUCGACGCCAUCGCACGCGGCGAGAACCCCUCUUGGACAUGCUACGUGCAAGUCCUGAGCCCAGAACAAGCCGAGAAGUUCCGCUGGAGCGUCUUUGACCUGACAAAGGUCUGGCCACAGAGUGAGGUGCCCCUGCGACGCUUUGGUCGGUUCACCCUGAACAAAAACCCGCAGAACUACUUCGCCGAGAUCGAGCAGGCAGCCUUCUCACCUUCACACAUGGUCCCCGGCGUCGAAGCCUCUGCCGACCCGGUUCUGCAGUCCCGUCUCUUUUCCUACCCAGACACCCACCGCCACCGUCUGGGAGGCAACUACGAGCAAAUCCCCGUCAACUGCCCCCUACGCUCAUUCAGUCCCUGGCACCGCGACGGCGCCAUGAACGUCCACGGAAACUACGGCGCUAACCCUAACUACCCUUCGACUUUCCGUCCCCUGGCGUACAAGCCCGUCAAGGCUAGCCAGGAGCACGAGAAAUGGACUGGUGCUGUCCUUGCGGAGCAGAUCCCCGUUAGUGAUGAGGACUUUGUCCAGGCUGAUGGUCUGUGGCAAGUCCUCGGCCGCACGCCUGGCCAGCAGGAGAACUUCGUUAAGAACAUCUCCGGUCACCUGUGUGGUGCUCAUGAGCGUGUUCGUAAGGCGACUUAUGGCAUGUUCCGUCGGGUGAACCAGGAUCUCGGUGCUCGUAUUGAGACUGCUACCGAGGCCAAUGUUGCUCCGUUGGCGCGUUUGUAG